CGACGUAUGAGAGUGGAACAUUUGGCAAAUGAGAAUUGAGAAAGCUAUUGGAGAUAAAUAAAAAAUGUUUAAUCGUAUCUUCUAGCUCAAAUACCUUAUUUAAAUGCAAAAGUGGAGGUGGUAGAGAGAAUAAAGAAAGGUGAACGUAUCCUAACAGAAGUUAACAGUUACAGUUAUUGUUAUUUUCUUCGCUGAAAUUCUGUUACCCAAAUUGACUGCACGCCAGUGAUAAUGGAUCAAAAACUAUUGUUUGCUCUUUGUCUUGUUGGUUUUAUUGCUGCAGAUGAUAACAGAGGACCAAAAGUUACUGAUAAGGUAUGGUUUGACAUUAAAAUAGGCGAUAAUGAUAUUGGAAGGGUUGAAAUCGGUCUGUUCGGAAAAACGGUUCCAAAGACUGUCAGAAACUUUAUCGAAUUAGCCCAGAAACCAGAAGGUCAAGGCUAUAAAGGAAGUAAAUUCCAUAGGGUCAUCAAAGACUUUAUGAUACAGGGUGGAGACUUUACCAAAGGAGAUGGUACUGGUGGUAGGAGCAUAUAUGGUGACAGAUUUGAAGAUGAAAAUUUUAAACUUAAGCAUUAUGGUUCUGGAUGGCUUUCAAUGGCUAAUGCAGGUAAAGACACAAAUGGUUCACAAUUCUUUAUAACGACGAAGAAGACGUCCUGGCUUGAUGGAAGACAUGUUGUCUUUGGUAAGAUAUUGAAGGGUAUGGAUAUUAUUCGUAAAAUUGAAAAUUCGAGGACUGACGGUAGAGAUAGACCUGUUGAAGACGUGAUCAUUGCCAAUUCUGGUCAUGAAUCAAUAGCUGAGCCAUUUUCAGUUACUAAGGAUGAUGCAUCCGAAUAAAUUUAUUAUAUGAUUUAAAUUAAUAUUUUCAAAAGACAGUACUGUGUGCUUUUUUAAGUAAAUUUUU